UCAACCCUCUGGCAAACCCCAUUCCCAGCAGGCUGGGGAAGCCCCAGGAGGGUGUUCCCAGCUGCUUCCCCCCCCAGCACUGGGCAGGAUGGGGUGGGCUCUGGCUCCCAGCUGGGGAGUUCCUGCACCAUGAGCUGUUCUCAGCAGUUACAUCUUGUUGCCUUCAUUCCCAGACACAGCUGGUUCCAGGGACAGGGCAGGAUCCUGGUGUAAAACAGGGCUCUGCUGGUUGCUGGGAGAGAACAGGGAGAGGAGGUGGGAGAGAGGACCCGUAACUGGGGGCUGAGGGGAUGUCUGAGGUUUGGAGCAGCAGAAUCUGGGAUGAAAGUGCCAACCCAGGGAUUAUGAAUCAGGGAGAGAGGGGCUGACUUGGGGGGUGGACCCUGCACACUCUCUGGCACCAGCCCCACUGCUGCUCCCCCAUCAGGGCCAGUAUGUGAGCUGGGUGUGUACCUCGUGGCUCCCAAACUCUAAUAAAUACACUUCCUCCCCAAUUUUCAAGCUGUUGGGUGUUCCUUGCUUUUUGGGAGGUGCUUUAAAUCCUCCUGCCAGAGCCGUGGGCUGCUAAGAGCAGAAGCUGGGGCUGCACGAUGCUGAGCUCAGGUCUUCCUUCUGUGCUCCUCUUGCUCACAGCACUGGAGCUGAGCUGGUCCCUGAGUGAUGAAGAGAAGAAAAUCAUCUUGGAUGAGCAUAAUAAAUACCGUUCCCAGGUCUCUCCUCCUGCUGUGGAUAUGCUGAGGAUGACCUGGGACGUGGAGCUGGAGGCCUUUGCCCAAGCCUAUGCAGAGAAGUGCAUCUGGGACCACAACAAGGAGAGGGGCCGACGGGGGGAAAACCUCUUUGCAAUGGCUCCAACCCUGGACCUGGAGUUUGCUGUGGAAGAUUGGAAUGCUGAGGAGAAAUACUACAACCUGUCAACUUCCACCUGUGUCCCUGGGCAGAUGUGUGGCCACUACACCCAGGUGGUCUGGGCAAGCACACAUCAGAUUGGCUGUGGGUCCAAGUUCUGUGAGAAGAUUGAUGGGCUGGACACAGAGGACAUGUACCUGCUUGUCUGCAACUAUUACCCCCCGGGCAACAUGAAGGGCCGAAAGCCCUACAAGGAGGGACCUUCAUGCUCUCAGUGCCCUGAGGACAGAGUCUGUGUCAACUCCUUGUGUGAACCCCUUGUAGAAGAGACCACUCCAGCCUCUGUGACAGCAAAGGCAAGCCCAUCCACCCCAACCACAGCCAAACCAGAACCCACCACAGCCAAACCAGAGCCCACCACAGCCAAACCAGAGCCCACCACAGCCAAACCAGAGCCCACCACAGCCAAACCAGAGCCCACCACAGCCAAGCCAGAACCCACCACAGCCAAACCAGUGCCCACCACAGCCAAGCCAGAGCCCACCACAGCCAAGCCAGAACCCACCACAGCCAAGCCAGAACCCACCACAGCCAAGCCAGAGCCCACCACAGCCAAACCAGAGCCCACCACAGCCAAACCAGAGCCCACCACAGCCAAGCCAGUGCCCACCACAGCCAAGCCAGUGCCCACCACAACCCCAGCCAAACCAGAACCCUCAACACCAGAACCCACCACAACCAAGACAAGAACCCCAACCACAUUCCCAACUACAGCCAAGCCACCACUCACAACUAUGGUGCCCACCACAGCCAAGCCAAAACCCACCACACCAGCAGCCACCCCAGCCAUGGCCAAGCCAAAGCCCACCAUGCUGGCAACCACCACACCAAAACCCACCACAGCAACUGCUGCCACUAAGCCAACACCCACUGCACCAAAGCCCACCACAGCCACCACACCAAAACCCACCACAACCACCACUACAGCCAAGCCAACACCCACCACACCAAAACCCACCACCACUAUGGCCAAACCAACAUCCAUCCCAUCAAAACCCAUCACAACCACCACUACAGCCAAACCAACACCCACCACACCAAAGCCCACCACAACAACAGCCAAACCAACACCCACCACACCAAAACCCACCACCCCUAUGGCCAAACCAACAUCCAUCCCAUCAAAACCCAUCACAACCACCACUACCACCAAGCCAACACCCACCACACCAAAACCCACAACUGUGGCUAAGCCAAAACCUGCCACAACAGCCAAACCAACACCCUCCACACCAAAACCCACCACAACAGCCAAACCAACACCCUCUACACCAAACCCCACCACAACCACAACAGCCAAACCAACACCUACCACACCAAAACCCACCACAACAACAGCCCAACCAACACCCACCACACCAAAACCCACCACAACAGCCAAACCAACACCCUCCACACCAAACCCCACCACAACCACAACAGCCCAACCAACACCCACCACACCAAAACCCACCACAACAGCCAAACCAACACCCUCCACACCAAACCCCACCACAACCACAACAGCCAAAGCAACACCCACCACACCAAAACCCACCACAACAGCCAAACCAACACCCACCACACCAAACCCCACAACUGUGGCUAAGCCAAAGCCUGCCAUAGGUACAGCCAAGCCAACACCCACCACACCAGCACCUACCACCACUACAGCCAAGCCAACACCUGCUGCUACAUCAGCAAAGCCAAAACCCACCACGACACCACCAGCACCUACCACAACAGCAAAGACACAACCAAAACCUGCCACAACCACGAAGCCAGAGCCCACUGAACCAGCACCACCCAGUCCUACUGAGGCAACUGGGCUGACUCUUUCCUUGGAGCCCACAUUAGACCUGGAUUAUACAGCAUCUCCAGAAGUAGACACUGGAGAGCCUCUUAGCCCCUUAACUACAGAGGAUCCCACCUUAGCAGAGAGCAUGGCCAUGGCCUUCAGCCCCAGGUCAGCCCCAGAGACCAUUAGAGGUGUCAAAGAGGAUGGGAAAGAGACAUCAGCCCUUUCCAGCCCAUCCCCAUCCCUCAGCCAAAAUGUUCCAGAGAUCAAGUUAGGUUUCAAUAAAGCUGAGCUCAUGACCCCCUCCAAGUCAGUGGUCUUCAGCCCUGAAGAACCCACCUUCUUGCGCUUAACAUCGUCCUCCAAAGAAAGGAAAGGGCAGAGUCCUGCUUUCCAGACCUCCCUCUCAGCAGGUGCCCUGGACACUGAAGAACUGGAGACAAACUCAGCCCAGACAAGCAUGGAUCAGCCCGUGGCUGGAGCCCCCUGUACCUGCUUGGGGCUUUCACUCUUCCUCCUGCCCAGUGUCAUCCUGGUGGGUCUUCUACUUUGAAUGGUCUUUCUCAGCUGUCCCUGCACCAGUCACCAAGACUUCCUUCAACACUGGUUGUUCCACAACCCUGGUAGGCUUGGGAGACACCACGGACAAUUCAGGUUGUCACACUCUCUUCUUCUGCUCCAGCCCUGAGGAGCCAAGGGCAGCUGGCAGUCCCAUGGGA